AUGCUCGCAGUAGUAGCGGUAGUAGCAAUAAUAGCCCUAACAACAACAAUAACUCUAACUAACAUAUCCGCUUCUCCCUCUCCCACCUCCUCCUUCUCGGAGCGUGCGGAGUCGUUCGUCGACGCCGUGCUAGCCGCGGCCGACGACGACUCCGCCGCUGCCGCCGCUCCUACCCGCGCCGCUGCCACCGCUCCCACCGCCGCCGCCGCCGCCUCUGCUACGCUAUUCGCUCUCACGUCGCCCCUUAGGGUAACGACGCCGUCCCCGCCGCCACCCGUGACGCCCGGCCCCUCGGCCCCCGCCUCCGUCUCCGCUACCCCCCAUAAGCGCUGGCAGGCCGGCGCCGCCCGCUCGGCCCCUAUAUGCGUUAAGGCCGGCUCGCACGGGCAAGCGCGGGGGGCUACUAAGAAGCGCCUUACCGCCGCCGCCGCCGCCUACCGCAACCUCCGCGCCCUCGAGCGAUGGGGCCUUAUGCCUAAGGACACUACCUCCGUCGCCCUAUCGGCGGUCCCCUUAGCCGUGCCCGCCUCCGCUACCGCCGCUGCCCUUGCCGCCGCCGCUGGCCGCCGCCCCUCUGCCCCCGGAGCCGCCGCCGCCGCCGACUAG